GUAGAACAACAAAGGAUAGCAAACGAUAACCACAUAAAUAGUACUGCGCCGAACACUUUGUGUACAAAUAUCUAUAUAUGUAAAGACUCAAAAGAAAAGUAAAAUCAAGUUUUGAAAGGAGAACAUGUAAAUAACAUUCAAAAAAAAAAAAAAAACAAAAAAAAAAAAGAAAGAAAGAAAGGCCAGGAAUGAAGUAUCUUUCCAUCUCAACUAUAGCUAUAUAAACCCCUCAAUACUUCAAGCAAAAGUCACUAACAAGAACAAACAAACACACACAACUCAUAACUAUAACUAUACAUUCAUACAUAUAACAAUAAUUCACUUAAAUCACUCGGAAUAAUGCAAAUCUCAUCUUCAUCGUCUUCAAAUUUCUUCUCUUCUCUUUAUGCUGAUGAACCGGCACUAAUCACAUUAACAAUUGUUGUAGUAGUAGUAGUGUUACUAUUUAAAUGGUGGUUGCACUGGAAAGAGCAAAGACUACGGCUACCUCCUGGCUCCAUGGGGUUGCCUUACAUCGGAGAGACACUCCGCCUCUACACAGAAAAUCCCAAUUCCUUCUUCGCCACUCGCCAAAACAAGUACGGGGAUAUAUUCAAGACGCACAUAUUAGGAUGUCCAUGUGUGAUGAUAAGUAGUCCAGAGGCGGCUCGAAUGGUGUUAGUGAGCAAAGCUCACUUGUUCAAGCCAACUUAUCCUCCAAGCAAAGAGCGUAUGAUUGGACCAGAGGCUCUUUUCUUCCACCAAGGUCCAUACCAUUCUACCCUUAAGCGGCUGGUCCAGUCUUCUUUCAUGCCUUCUGCUCUCAGACCAACCGUCUCUCACAUCGAGCUCCUUGUCCUCCAAACCCUUUCCUCUUGGACGUCCCAAAAGUCCAUCAACACCCUCGAAUACAUGAAACGAUAUGCAUUCGAUGUGGCGAUCAUGUCAGCGUUCGGGGACAAAGAGGAGCCCACUACGAUUGAUGUUAUUAAGCUUCUCUAUCAACGUCUCGAAAGGGGUUACAACUCCAUGCCUCUCGACCUACCGGGCACACUUUUUCAUAAGUCCAUGAAGGCAAGAAUAGAAUUAAGCGAGGAACUAAGGAAAGUAAUAGAGAAGAGAAGAGAGAAUGGGAGAGAAGAAGGAGGACUAUUGGGAGUACUUCUGGGAGCAAAGGAUCAAAAACGCAACGGCUUAAGUGAUUCACAGAUUGCUGACAACAUCAUCGGUGUUAUAUUCGCCGCCACCGACACCACCGCUUCUGUCUUAACUUGGCUUCUCAAGUACUUACACGACCACCCCAAUCUCCUCCAAGAAGUCUCCAGGGAGCAAUUCAGCAUUCGACAGAAAAUAAAAAAAGAAAACCGAAGAAUCUCAUGGGAAGAUACAAGAAAAAUGCCACUGACCACUAGGGUGAUACAAGAGACACUAAGAGCAGCAAGUGUACUGUCCUUUACAUUUAGAGAAGCAGUACAAGACGUCGAAUAUGAUGGCUACUUGAUCCCAAAGGGUUGGAAGGUUCUUCCUCUUUUCCGGCGAAUCCAUCACUCCUCCGAAUUCUUCCCCGAUCCUGAAAAAUUCGAUCCUUCUAGAUUCGAGGUGGCACCAAAACCUUACACGUACAUGCCAUUCGGAAAUGGAGUGCACUCAUGUCCAGGAAGUGAGCUGGCUAAACUUGAGAUGCUUAUCCUCCUUCACCACCUCACUACUUCCUUCAGAUGGGAAGUGAUUGGAGAUGAAGAAGGUAUACAGUAUGGUCCUUUCCCUGUACCCAAGAAGGGUUUACCAAUAAGAGUAACCCCGAUUUAAGCCUAAGGCAUAUUUGGGAUUUUUUUUACUAGUCCAAUAAGUCAUCUUUAAUUUCUCUUAGUAGAGAUUUUUUUCUUCUUAAACUUUAAAAUUGGCCUCCAAUUUGGCCCCUUUUUCUUUUGUAAUUUUUUUUUAUCUUAAUGUAAAGCUGCAAUUUAAUCAAUCUCAUUUUUAUUGCUUUGGACUUAUUGAAAUAUCUUUGAACUCUACAU